AAUUUCUACUAAAAUCUAAAUUUAAAAUCGAUUGAAUUUGUAAUAUAUGACUGAAAAUGAGUGAAAGUAACCGAAGACGUCUGUUUGAGCUCUUGAAGAUCAAUGGGAACGACAUUUGCGCCGAUUGUGAUCACGAGAGUCCAGAAUGGGCUUCCAUAACACUCGGAGUAUUCUUAUGCACACAAUGCGCCAGUAUACACCGAAAGAUUGGAAUACACGUAUCGCGCAUAAAGUCAUUAAAACUGGACAAUUGGGAUCAGUCUCAGGUGAUCAUAAUGGAAGAGAAUGGAAAUAUAUUAUCCAAAAAGUUGUACGAAAAACACUUACCCCUGUAUUACCGGAAACCGCAUCCAAACGACUCGCAUGUAGUUCGGGAGCAAUGGAUUCGCGCCAAAUACGAGCGCAAAGAGUUUGUGAACCCCUGCGACGCCUCCUAUACUAAGGGCCAUAUGGAGGGAUACCUAUGGAAAAGGGGUCGAGAAGACGGCAAGUUUUUGCUCAGAAAGUUUGUGCUCAACGAAACCGAAGGCACACUUAAAUACUAUGUGAAACAAACCCAAAAGAUGCCGAAGACGUCCAUAAGGAUAGCGUUACUAAACAUGAACUUCUGUCCGAACAAAAUUGCAAAUCCAAAUGGUAUGCAAUUGACAUGGAUUAAGGAUGGUUUCACCAGGAGCAUUUUCGUCUAUAGUGAAAGCGGAAAGGUAUGUCAU